AUGAGCCACAACAGCACUCCUCACAUGAUGAACAAGCACACACCGGGGCUGGAGAAGAAGGGGUUCCCCGAUUCUUCGCGCUCGGUGUCCGACGCCGGCGCCACCACCCUGAAGCAGCUCCUCAACGCCUAUAUCUAUGAUUUCUUGGUCAAGUCAAGACUACCGCAGACCGCCCGUCUGUUUGUCAGCGAGGCUGACGUGCCACUGGCCCCGCCGCUGGCGCAGACGCCCCAGCCGAACCCGCUGACGCCGCUGGCGCAGUUCAACCGCGAAAACAACUUGCCCAACGUCGCCAUCACCAUGGACUGCCCUCAGGGAUUUUUAUACGAGUGGUGGCUGGUGUUCUGGGACGUGUUCCAUGCCAAAGGCGCGCCGCCCCUGGGCAAGCCGGCGCUGCUGUACUACCAUCUUCAGCAGAUGAAGCAACGGCAGGACAGCUGGGCCGCCAACCCGCAACAGGCAGCGGCGCAGUUUGCCCCCCAACCGACUCAGAUUCCGGGCCAACAGCCGGUGAUGCACCAGCAGAUGGGAGCUCCUCAACAAAUGGUACCGCCACUGGCGCCGCAGCAGUCCCACCAACCAGGGGCCCCGGGCCCUCAGCCUCAGGGCGAUUAUAAUCAGCGCAUGAUGAUGCAUCAGAUGAUGAAGACCGGCCACCAGCAGUCGCCCCAGGGAGCGCCGCAGCCGCAACCGAUGAUGGGACCGCAACAGGCUGGCGCCCAACAGUACUUCAACCCUCAGAACCGCAUGCAGCAGAUGGCCCAGAACCAGAUGAACACUUUGCGGCAACAACAGGCAGCCGUCGUCGCUGCCCAGCAACAGCAGCAGCAACAGCAGCGUAAGCUGUCGACGGCAGCGCUGUCCCCGGCGGCGCGUAUGAUGCCGCAAUACCCAUACCCCCAGGGCCCCCCUGUACCUGGCGUGCCGCAACAGCAGCAGCCCCAGGGCGCCAACCCUCAGCAACAGGCCAACCCUUAUAUGCAAAAGGGCCUGCCGAUCAUCAACGGCGCGGUGCCGCAGCCGCAAAAGGAUCAGGCCGGCCACACCCGCAACAUGCUGGCGCUCCAGGACUACCAGGAGCAGCUCAUGUUGUUGGAAAAGCAGAACAAAAAGCGGUUGGACAUUGCUCGUAACAACGGGCUGGGCGACCCGCAAGGGUUUGUCCCGGGGAUGAUGGCGCCACCGAUGGGUGCCGACCAGCCACCGAUCAAUGGUGCUCCCCAAAUGCCUAUGAACGGUAAUGGAAUGACGCCAGCCAUGGGACCGGGUAAUGGCCCCCAAAUGGCGCAACAACAGGCGAUGGCGAUGGGUAAGCCUCCGAUGGGAGUGCUGCCGAUGAACAAUCCCCAAAAGCCACUGCCAGUGACGCUGACGCUGAGCCCCGUCAUUGGCACCAAGCCUCUGCCUAGCGUCAAGAAGAAGGAGGCGGCGCUGGCCAAAGGCCGGCGCAAGAACCUGACUCUGGGGGCUACCGCCAACUCGCAGUCGCAAGCGGCCCCACUGGCACAGCCGGCGAUGAACGCUCACCUUAAAAAGGAAUUCAACACUCCGCUUACUCCGGCGCUGGAGCCGAACCUGGCUGAGAACAAGCGUAAGCGUAAGGGUUCGGCGCCCACCGAUUCGCCCAAGAAAUUGCUGAAGACCGCGGCCAAGAAGGAGCUGUCGAUCAUCGAGGAAACCGAGGAACCGCUGACAUCGCUGGCGCAACCGCUGGCGCAACCACUGGCGCAACCACUGGCGCCUCUGGCACCGCUGGCACCUGAUAACUUCUCGGUCGACCUCAUUGACGGCGGCGUGUUUGGCCUGGGCGGCAUUGCCGUCGGCAACUCUGGAGGCAUGGAGGAGAUUGAUUUUUUUAAAUUUAUGGAGGGCAACGGUGACGCCGCACUUCACGACGGCAUGGGGUUCCCCGGCUGGGGUAACGAGGAGAUGAUGCAGGACAGUUGA